CAUCAAAGCACAUGCAACGCCAUCUUGCACAGUCUGGCGCAAGUAUUGCACGCACCGUCGCGGCAAUUGCUGGCGCAAGUCUGUGGGAAGAGCGAGCGGCCCGGGAUUGCCGUCGCCGCCGCGCGGCUACUGUCAGUGAUUAGACGUGGCACGGUGCGGCCAAUACGACGUAUCAUGGCGCAGUGGAGGCAGGAGACGAUAUUGAAGCUGAUCGGUGCGUAUCGUGCCAGGCGGAUCCUUUGGGACCACAACGCGCCGGACUACACCGAUCGGAGCAAGAGAAUCUACGCGUGGAAGGAAAUCGCCGACGAGCUCGGAUGCGACGUGAUGACGGUGGAGAGGAAGCUGAAGAGCCUGAAGACCCAUUUCAUGUCGGUCCACAAAGCUUUCGCGAAACGCAGGCUCAAGGCGGAUCUGAAUCCUGGCUGCGACGUCAGGCCCAAGUGGUUCGCCUACGAGGCCUUGACUUUCCUGAAUAAAGGACGCUUGAUGCGAAUCAAUCGCGAGACGCCAAACGUGGAGAAACAGAAUCCCGCGCCCGUCUCUAAUUGGAAGUCGCAGGAGAUCUCGUCAGGCCGCGACGAAUUCACGGUUUUUGCCGAGCACGUCGCCAUUCGGCUGAAGAAUAUAAUAGACGCGCGUGCAAGACUCGUCGCACAGCAUCAGAUAAACAACAUCCUGUUCGAGGCCGAGAUGGGAAAGUAUAGUAUGCAGCAGCCCUUCGGAACGGACAAUCCGGAGAUAAUGGAGAACCUGGACGAGCCCUCGACGUCAAACGAGGAGAAAGUCAUAAUAAAUAAUAUUUCUCACGCGGUCUAAUCGGACCUUCCCCUUCCCUUCCCCCCUCGCAGGCGCGCGAUAAUCGCGUUGUGUUCCGAAAUCUUCAGCGAAUCGUUCGCUUUGCGUUCGCGCUUAUAUACCUACACGCCCGGCCCGUCCGAUUUUUACGGCGCGCGGUCGUUGACAACGGUACACAGUGAUCUCUCUCGUUACUUGUCGUAAAUAAUGCCGAACGAACGGCGAAGAAGGCCAUUGGUUUUAACGACGGGUCUUUCGAGGACCGCGAAAACGUUUUGGCAUGUCGCUGAAUUUGCUCCGCCAGACGUGGCUCUAUUUAUGUGCCUUCGGUUUUGCCCGGCAUGUGUUAUAUCCUUCGUCGUCACAAACCGCGAAAGCCGCGUUAAACACCAGCUUACGUAGAGCGCGGUUCAAUAUGCGCUGACAACGCGAAACGCAGAAAUCGGCGGUGCUGCGCUUUCAUUUUUUUCGCUCUCGUAUAUUCCGAGUACAUACAAGACGAGGUAGACGUAAACACCCACACGUACACGAACGCAUACACGGACACAUAUACAUACAAACAUCCACAUCGAUUCUCAUAUAUCGGGGAAUUGAAUCAAUUUCCGUCAAUUGUAUCUAAUUAUUUUACGAUAAUUGAGUCCGCCUUUUUCAUUUUGAGAAUUGAAUAAAUUAUAUAUAUAUACAUA